AUGGAGGAGACAUUCCAUGCCCCGACAGACCGCGACAACCUCUUCAAGCAAAUGAGUGGCGCCCGCACGCCCCGGGCUCAACUGACUACACGACGCAACCUGAGCGCGAAAAACGAGUUCACACCUAUGUUAAAAAGUGCAACCGCGAAUCGAACACGCCAGGUCAACGGCCUCUUCGACGGGAAGAUCGCGACACCCAUUGCCAUGAAGCCAGGCUUUCAGGUCAGCAACACACCGCUGCCCGAGGCAAGCAUGUUCGACGUGCAAUCAAGUUCUUUUGCCGAAUCGGUCGAUGAUCGCACACAGCUGCCCGAUCUCAACUCUAGCGCCAUGAGCACGCCCAUGGCGAUACCAAGGAGGGCAGAGGGGGAGAUGGACGGCGGGAAUGGCAAUGUACUCACCCUAAGAGAGCAGGAAGAUGUAAGUGAAUUCGGACACCUGAGAUGUUGA